UUCUCACGCUAUCUCAAGCUGUCAUAUAUAUAAUAUAUAAUAAUUCCUUCACUCCAUGCUGCUUCGCUCUUGCCGUGUAAUCCCUCGAGAAACUCAUCGCAUUUUCAUUUCCAGAUCGAUCAGUUCGAGAAAGUUCGGAAUGGCGCCUCCGAUCUUGUCCUUGGCUAUUCCUUCAGAGACCGGUCGCGUUCUCAGCAUUCAAUCGCAUACUGUUCAGGGAUAUGUUGGAAAUAAAUCAGCCGUCUUUCCUCUCCAACUAUUGGGCUAUGAUGUGGAUCCAGUCAAUUCAGUACAGUUCUCAAAUCACACAGGAUAUCCAACCUUUAAAGGACAAGUUUUAAAUGGACAGCAACUAUGGGAGCUAAUGGAAGGCCUCCAAGCAAAUGACUUGCUGUAUUAUACUCAUUUAUUAACAGGCUAUAUUGGUUCUGUUUCAUUCUUGAACACCGUUUUGGAAGUUGUCAAGAAGCUACGUUCUAUAAAUCCAAAACUUACAUAUGUUUGUGAUCCUGUUCUGGGCGAUGAAGGGAAGCUUUAUGUUCCGCCAGAGUUGGUAGAAGUAUAUCGUGAGAAGGUUGUUCCAGUGGCUUCAAUGUUGACCCCUAACCAAUUUGAAGCAGAACAAUUGACUGGAUUCAGGAUUGUAUCUGAACAUGAUGGCCGGGAAGCUUGUAACAAGCUUCAUGCUGCUGGACCUGCAAAGGUUGUGAUAACAAGCAUCAAUAUAGAUGGUCACCUUCUUCUUAUUGGCAGCCAUGAAAAGGAAAAGGGCCAGUCUCCUGAUCAAUUCAAGAUUGUGAUACCCAAAAUUCCAGCGUAUUUUACAAUGAAUAUUGGAAGCGUGGUAAGAUGUGCAACCACAUUCAAGGGAACAGGGGAUCUAAUGACUGCACUCCUGCUUGGAUGGAGUAAUAAACACCCAGAUGAUCUUGCAAAGGCAGCAGAGCUCGCAGUAUCAAGCUUGCAGGCAGUUCUGCAGAGGACUUUGGAUGAUUACAAAACAGCUGGGUAUGAUCCCCAGUCAAGCAGUUUGGAAAUUAGAUUGAUCCAAAGCCAGGAUGACAUUCGCCACCCACAAAUUAAAUUUGAAGCUGAAAACUACUCCUAAAAUGGGUGGAAUUUCUGUUUUGGAAAUGUAUUUUAUUCUCGUAGCAAAUAAUGGGACACUCGUGGUGUUGUCCCACAAGCUAUUCCGUUCAAGGCAGUAAAAUUUUGCAUUUGGCAACAGUAGGAAAUAUCAUGUUUUUUUAAAAAAA